AUGACUACAUCGAUAUUUUUUGCUGCAACUGAACACUUUCUAUAUCUUACUGCUCUUCUAUUCCCCCCUGUUUUCUGCAUUGUCGGUUUAGUUAUUUUUCUGGCUACCUUCGGAAAAUCGCUUGGACUACGAGAGCGUUAUUGGGGUGCCGGUGAACUUCAAACGUCUCAGGAUGUUACUAGAAGUAUGUCUUUUGACCUUGGUGCUGCAGAAGGUGAUGAAGAUGACUUGGAAUAUUUUGAGAAUGUUGAUGCUGGUCAUUACUGUUCUCUGGACUUGAGUUCAACACAAAGUCCAACGGAUUCUGGUUUGAUACUUGACUCUCCAUUGGCUCGUUCGCUAAAUUCUUUACCAAGUCUUCGUAAAUCUUCAAUGCAUAAUGGAAGUUCAACAAGUCUUUGUUCAUCAUCUAGUGCUCGUAUGCGGAAUGGAUCUGCGCAAUCAAUAAUUAUUCGCGAGGCAGCAAUACAUCUGGACGAAGAUGAGCAUUUGGAAAGAACUCUAGUCAAUUCACGGGGUUGGCAAGUUAUUCGUGAUUCACUCUACUUCAUGAAGGCGGGUAUUGAGGCCAUCAUCGAGGAUGAGGUGACUAGUCGUUUUCGAGCUGAGCAACUUGCUUCAUGGAAUAUGUUGACGCGUACAAGUGUUAACUUUUAUCAAUUCGUUAAUUGGAAGUUGGCAACUCUUUGGGGUUUAGGCUUCUUAUUCCGCUAUUUCUUUUUGCUUCCUAUGCGUUUAAUUAUAUUUUCUGUUGGACUUAUUACUGUUUGUAUGCGAAUUGGCUCACGUGCCUUCUCUGCAAUUAUUUACUUUCAUGACAUCGAAAACAAGGCCACGAGUGGAGGCAUUUGUGUUGCAAAUCAUACUUCUCCUAUUGAUGUCAUGAUUUUAGCAACAGAUGCUGCUUAUGCUUUAAUUGGACAGAGCCAUGAUGGUUUUCUUGGCGCUAUUCAGAGGGCGCUAAGUCGGGCGAGUUCACACAUCUGGUUUGAGCGUUCUGAAGCAAAGGAUCGUUCUUUAGUAGCAAAAAGACUGCAUGACCACGUUAAUGAUCCAACAAAGUUACCAGUUCUUAUUUUCCCCGAAGGAACAUGUAUCAAUAACACUUCUGUUAUGAUGUUCAAAAAGGGAUCAUUUGAAGUUGACACAAAUAUUUAUCCAAUAGCCAUGAAAUACGAUUCACGAUUUGGAGAUGCCUUUUGGAAUUCAAGUGAACAAAGUUAUUUUGAGUAUUUAAUGCAAAUGAUGUCAUCAUGGGCAUUAAUUUGUAACCCGGAUGAAUCAGCUAUUGAAUUUGCAAAUCGAGUAAAAAAGGCAAUAGCUGUACGUGGUGGUUUGGUCGAUUUGGAGUGGGACGGGCAAUUAAAACGAUAUAAAGUUCCAGCAAAAAUGCUCGAUAUGCAACGAGAAAGAUAUUAUCAGCGUUAUCAACGUUAUACUUCUUUGUCUGAACCGUUUCAACCAGACGAGGCUGAGGAAUUAAUAAGAUCUUCUUCCGUUGAUGUAAUAGACGAUGAGGUUAAUGAAGCUUUUUCAAACCCUUGGGAUCAAGAUGUUUUGAGGGCUCAAAAAAUGUGUGAGGAUAAAGAUAAUAGGACCGCUUGUGAGAACAUUGUUCAUUGA